CCACUUUCUAGGUCCGCAGCGUAUUCAGUGGCAGCCGCCCGAACAGAAACUCGUCUUCAACGUGUUCCUUCAUCGUCGCAGGGGCAAUUUCUAACCUAGACAUUUUUUCUUUCUUCUUUUCACACUCCCUACGUACAACUGACUCCUGGGAAACGCGGGCUACGCGUUAAAGAAAAAGAAAACAACACCACAUUACGACUCUCGAAAGAAAUACAUUGCAAAAGCAAGCCAGUCCGAACUAUACUGCCUGUCCAACACGCACACACACACACACACUCUCUCUCUCUCUCUCUAUCGAUAACUAUACCAACACCAAACUACUUUACAACAACAACACAUUAUGGCCACCACUGACCUCUGCUACACGCUUGUUCAUCAAGAUGACGCGAGCGAACAACCCUCCUUGCAAGACUUCCAGCGAGCACUUGAGAAAGGAUCCGAUGAAGUGCGCAUCCAGACCAUGCAAAAGCUGCUCAUCAUCAUGCUUAACGGGGAUCCCAUGGAAAAGCUCUUGCUUCAUGUGAUUCGCUUUGUCUUGCCAUCCAAGAACAAGCAACUCAAGAAACUGUUGCAUUUCUACUGGGAGAUUUGUCCCAAGACAAAACCCGAUGGCAAACUCAAGGAAGAGUUUAUUCUCGUUUGUAACGCGUUACGAAACGAUUUGCAACAUCCUAACGAGUAUAUCCGAGGAGCCACGCUUCGAUUCUUGUGCAAGAUCCGUGAAGCCGAAGUAUUGGAACCAUUAAUUGCUUCUGUCCGAGCGUGUUUGGAACAUCGUCAUUCGUAUGUGCGCAAGAACGCAGUGUUUGCCAUCGGUUCGAUCUAUCGCCACUUUGAUUUCUUGUUCCCCGAUGCACCUGAAGUGAUCCAGACGUUCUUGGCUGGUGAGGCUGAUAUGUCGUGCCGUCGUAACGCUUUUGUGGUGUUGUGCAAUGUCGACCGUCCGUUGGCUGUUGAAUACUUGCUUCAAGUGUUCCCACUCGUUCCGCAAUUCGAUGAGUUGCUUCAAUUGGCCGUUCUGGAAUUGAUCCGCAAGGAUAGCAAGGCCAAUAGCGUUAACAAGGGUGCCUAUAUCCGCUGCGUUUCGGAACUGUUGACGGCUGCAUCGCACUCGGUCAAAUAUGAAGCAGCUAACAUUCUCAUGGUGCUGACAUCCAACCCAGCCGCUGUCAAAGCUGCUGCUUCGUGCUACAUUGAUUUGGUUGUCAAGGAGAGCGACAACAAUGUCAAGCUCAUUGUAUUGGAUCGUCUCGACAAUUUACUUUCCAAGCAAGACCGUAUGCUGGAUGACCUAGUGAUGGACAUUUUGCGUGUUCUAUCGAGCCCUGACAUCGAUGUACGCCGCAAGGCUUUGCGUAUUGCCAUGUCGUUGGUCUCUUCGCGCAAUGUACAAGAGGUCAUUCUGUUUUUGAAAAAGGAGCUGGUCAAGACUCACGACCAAGAAUACGAAAAGAACACAGAGUACCGCCAGUUGUUGGUGCAAUCGAUCCACUCAUGUGCUGUCAAGUUCUCUGAAGUCGCUGCCAAUGUCGUUCACGUGUUGAUGGAGUUCUUGGGCGAUUCCAACAACCCUUCGGCUGUCGACGUUGUGUCCUUUGUCCGUGAAGUCAUGGAAAAGUUCCCUGGCUUGCGUCGCUCGGUAUUGGAAAAGCUGCUAGAGACAUUCAUGGAUAUGAAGUCAGGAAAAGUGUUCCGUGGUGCCUUGUGGAUCAUUGGCGAGUAUUGCCAGGAUGCACAAGAAAUUGAUGAGGCAUGGCAGCAGAUCCGCUCUGCUUUGGGUGAGGUCCCUAUCUUGGCAUCCGAACAGCGUUUAUUGGAGUCGUCCGAGGAGGGUGAGCAGGAAAAGAAGGAAGAUGAUACCAAGACCGUGCCUUCGGGCUCUGCUGCACCACGACGCAUCUUGCCAGAUGGUACCUAUGCUACAGAAAGCAGCUACACUGUGCAGCCUAGCUCUAGCGGCAAACUCGAUGCCGUCAAGUCGGCUUCCAAGCCUCCUCUUCGAGCAUUGUUGCUGGUUAACGGCGAUUAUUUCUUGGGCACCGUUUUGGCUACCACUUUGACUAAAUUGGUCUUGCGCUACAGCACGCUUGUAUCAGACACUGCCGCCGUCAACUCGCGUCGUGCAGAGGCCAUGUUGAUCAUGACGAGCAUCAUCCGUGUUGGCCAGAGCCAGUUUGUCGCACACCAUAUUGAUGAGGACUCGUAUGACCGUAUUAUGCAAGAUAUCCGAGCCGUCGGCAACCGUCAGCACGAAAAGGUCGUUGAUAAGGUCUACCUUGAGGACAGCCGCAAUGCAUUCGCUAAACAGAUCCAAGCAGAAGAGAAACGAGCAGCGGCCGAAAAAGAAAAGGAUAAGGCAGUGGAAGUCCAAGUAGACGAUGCUAUCGUUUUUAGACAAUUCUCUAAAAAGACCAAUGAUACGGGCGUGGAUGAGUACGAGCAAGAUUUGGUACGCGCAACAGGCUCCUUGGAUUCCAAAGACGACUUGAUGUCCAAGUUAAGUCGCAUUGUCCAGCUUACCGGUUUCUCGGACUCUGUAUACGCUGAAGCUGUAGUCAAUGUUCACCAGUACGAUAUCUUGAUGGAUGUGCUGAUUGUCAAUCAGACCGCCGAAACCUUGCAAAACCUGACUGUGGAGUUCGCCACGUUGGGCGACUUGAAGCUAGUUGACCGACCUGUAGCACACAACCUGGCACCGCACUCGUUCCUGACAGUGAAAGCACCGAUCAAGGUGUCGUCGACAGAAACGGGCGUGAUCUUUGGCAACAUUGUGUACGACUCCAACACGGCGAACGAAAACAGCUCGGUGGUUGUGCUGAAUGAUAUCCACAUUGACAUUAUGGACUACAUCAACCCGGCCUACUGCACCGAGACGCAGUUCCGCAACAUGUGGAGCGAGUUUGAGUGGGAAAACAAGGUCAAUGUCAACACCAACAUCUCGGACUUGCGCGUAUACCUCAAACACAUUAUGGAUUCCACCAACAUGAGCUGUUUGACGCCGGAGAAGCAGCUCGAGGGCGAUUGUGGAUUCCUCUCCGCAAACAUGUAUGCUCGAAGUAUCUUUGGCGAAGAUGCCUUGGCCAAUUUGUCUAUUGAAAAGCCUGGUGAAGGACCCAUUGCUGGUCAUAUCCGUAUCCGUAGCAAGACACAGGGCAUUGCAUUGAGUCUAGGUGAUAAAAUUACUUUGGCACAGAAAGCAGCCGCUUAAAUAAUAAAAAUACAUUUCCCUUUGUUGUUUGUCUAUUCUACUAUUACUAUUAUCAAUAACAACUCGCA